UUCACUCACAAUUGUUGAAGUCAAACGAUCAAAGGCCCUAUUGAUCUUAGGAGAUUCUAAUUCUAAUUACUAUUACCUAAUAAAGCAUCUCUCUAACUGAAGCCUAUCGUACUAGAUAUGGCUGCCGAACCAAACGAGCCACUGCCCCUCAUCUUAGACUUGUACGACGAUGAAGAUGUCGAAGAUCGAUUUUGCGCAGGUUUGUUGAGAGCUCUAGUUGAUGGUUCCCAAACCCCAUCCUGGGUCGCCACCGAGCUUGAUACCUGGGUUGUACAGGAAUCCUCGCGCAAGCUGCAGGUACUCCGGGAGCGACCGAGCUUCAUAGAGACAGACGAUGCCGGCCGCGUACUCCGUCGUAGCACACCAAAUGCUAGCGGAUAUGUUGAUCGUUUUUUUAAAAUUUUCCCCAACCUGUGUUCUGUUUUCCCGCCAUAUCACGCGGGGCAGACCAGAGUCGUUCAGUUUCUUGAAGCCUUGAUGGCCAUGCCUGAGCACCAGGCCCCUGAUUACUUUUUAGACGACGAUGGGCUCAAGGAUGUCCAGAUGAUGCCGCUGUGGUCAGACAAGGGUUACUCGACAGAGGAACUCCGCAUCGGAGCAGAUGCUAUUAGAUACCCAGGCUCCGGAAUUGACACUCCAGGUAGCGAGGCAGAAGCCCGCUGGCGUAAUUACCAGUCUGCUCUGGCGCGCAUCGCCAUUACAGGCUUUAGCGAUUGCGGAUUUAAUAGCGCGCUGCGGGAUAUUAUGCCCUACGGUAAAAAAUGUCCCAGCUUCAACGUCCGCAUAACUUCCAAGCCUGAACAAAUUGGAGGUCAUAUUCAAGGCGCAGCGCAAUGGAUCAUAUGGCCUGAUGAGUUACGCUACGUUUAUGAGCAGUGUAAGAAGAGAGAGAGGGUAGAUAAGGAGAACCCUCGAGACACAUGGAGCAUGCAAAAUUGGAGAAUAUGGAAAGCGCAAUUCGAACUUGCUGCUGGUGAUGAGAGGGUUGAUUCACGGGCUCGUGCGAUGGCUACCACAGCCGUUGAAAAGAUGAAUGCAAUCGAAGAGCAGGGUACAUCCUAAUAAUCCUUAAAAUAGCACCUGAUGACUUGUAAAAGCGACUUAAAGCCCUCAUAGUUGGCUAGAGGAGAGCUAGGCAAGAAAUACGGUAUAUAGGUAUAAACCAGAUUUACUGCUUCGGCAAAAGUCUCGUUAAAUCCUGUUAGCUGUACUAGUUCGUGGAGAUAAAGCAAUAUAGGAAUACCUACAAUACGCUUCGAAGAUAUUAGGUUACUGUUAACGACUGUCUAUGAACACAUUCCCGCCC